CGUUGUAGCCCGGCUGUUGUUUGACAGAAGGAGGGUCGCAGUUGUGAUUACACUAAUGGCAUCAAAUUCAGAAAAUCCAUGUGCAACUGAAGAUAUGGCUAGAAACAAGACAUUGGACCGAUGUCUUCAGGUUCUACAAGAAGCAAAAAAUGAUAGUGAGCAGUUUGCAGCACUUCUACUGGUGACCAAAGUGGUGAAGGCUGGUGAAAUAGAUGCUGCAACCCGUCGACGGAUCUUUGAUGCAAUUGGAUUCUCUUUCCCAAAUCGGCUACUUAUUACCAAGGAGUCUCCGCAUGGCUGCCCCAGUCAAAUUUUCCAAUCUCUUGGCAUGACUCUCCUUGCAUGUUUUUCGACAAAUCCGGAAUUGGCGAUUCACCAGCAAAUCCUCAACAAAAUCUCCAUUUUCAAUGAAAUUAUUUGUUCAGAAAUGGAUGCUGGAGCGGAUAUUGCCACAUUUACAUCAAUGAUUGAUGACUCCUUCCAGUGUCUCCAAGCAAUUUCUGCCCACCCUCAGGGUCAGAGACAUCUCGUAGAUGGAGGAACGGUGUCUACAUUAUGUCAGGUUUAUCUAAAUCAAAGUCAUGGCCACAUGCACGCUUUGUGUCUUCUUGUCAGUCUGCUGAACACGAUGGAAACCAAAUGUUGGAAUUCUAGUAAAUCAGACCUCUUGAAGGUACUGAACAAACUCAGUGAACAGUUUGCUACAAAAGAAGAUAAUCAGAAAUUUGAGUUGUGCAACAUAUUGCAGCAUUUUCUACCUGCUGCACCUAUCCUAACUGAGGACCCAUCUCUCACUGGAUGCUUGAAAAAUCUUCAUACUGGUCUGUUCAGCAUACUCAGCAGUAAACUGAAUAGUUCACAACGAGACCCUGCCCUGAAACUUGGUGGCCUCUUAGUAACUGUUUAUGGUUCAGACUGGAUCUUGGCAGAAAAUCCUGAAGCAAGCCGUAAAUUUUUAGCAUUGAUGGUGAAUCUUGCCUGUGUGGAAGUUCGAAUGUGUUUGGAGGACUCAAACCUGGAUGCAACUCGCUUUAAACCAGAUGUCAUCACAGCAUGUUAUAGUAUCAUUGAGUUUGGAAUGAUGGUUUGUGUGCUAGGAGAGAAAGUUUGUUUUACAGAAACUGAAAGUCGCCAAUUAGUACAGAUAAUGGUGGAAGCUUUUGGAGCAGUCAUUUGCUAUUUUAAGCAGGUUACAGAGGAACAGCUGUGGGAUCCAUUUCUGUUUGCCUCAGUCCGAAUCCUGGGUGCUUGGAUGGCUGAAGAGACAUAUGCACUCAGACAGGAAAUCUGUGAUGUGCUCCCUUUUCUAAUUUGUUAUGCUCAGAAGCUGUUUGAAUGUCCAAUAAAAUCCAAUGACCUAAACAAUCAAGUGAAAGGACUAUCAUUGGCUGAUAGACCCGAGGUAACAAAGUGGUCUAAAGAUGCCUUGAGAUUUCUGUUGCCUGGAUUUUGUCACCUUUCAGCUGAAGAUGUCCCUCGGAGGAUCUUAAUUUCAUGCGAGUUUCAUGUUUUACUUCUUCGUUAUUUCACACAACAGUGGGAAGUCUUCAGUUCUUCCAAAAAUGCACCAAUUUUGCCAAAUGAUGCAGAGAUGAGUCUUCGAACAGCCUGUGGAAUUUUUCUGAAUCUUGUGGUAACAGAGCCUGCACUGAUCAGGCAGGAAGAAUGUUUCUCAUCUUUACUUAGCUUGUUAAUGGAAUCCUUGCAGUCUUUGCUUUAUAGCCAACGUCACCUGAUUCUUGCUGCUAAUUUCACGACUUUGGGCUUGAUGAUGAGUCGCAUACUUGCUGACACACCAGUGUUACAGGGAACUACAGUAUCCAAGGGCUUUUUCCGAGGGGCAAUUCAUUUUUUGUCAAAAGCACAUACAACGCAGCUGAACACAAUUGAUGACCAAACCCAGAUUGUGGUAGCUGAGAGAUACCAAAAAGCUUGGGAUCAAAUCUCAGAACUUUGGUUUCUGGGAAUGCAGGCAUUUAGUAGUUGUAUACCUUUGCUACCAUGGCUACCACAAAGUGUAAUUGAAUCAGAAUGGUUGAGUCACAUUUUUGAUUUGCUAAAUAAGUGUUCUCCCGUGACUAUGGAGUUUGACCUCAUUGCUGCCUUUCAGUGUGUUUUAGCUGAACUGGCCAAGAACAGCAAACCAUGUAAAGACAUUAUAUUGUUAAAUAAUGGUGAGGAGAAAGCCAACCUGUAUGGAAUGGCAGCUUUGGAGCAAUGUGUUUCUCAAAAUUACUGACAAGCCAACCUCAAUGCAAACUGGCCAAGGAAUGAUCUGAAGAGGCUUGGAGCUUGGCUGUACUUCCUUGCAAAAUGCUGGUUAAGAUUUUGUUUUAAAAAUUAACAUUUUAUUUAAUUUUAGGUUUUGAAGAAUUUGACAUUUGCUGGUUACAUUUGAUCAUUCAGUUAUUUUGGGAAUUGGUUUAACUUAGGAGAUGCAGCAACUGCAUCUCUCUUUACUCCACUCAUACUCUGCUACGCUCACUCCUUUCAUCUUUGAUUGAGAGAAGUUCUAAAAUACAGCCCUCUUAUUUAAGAUACUUCAUAAUCAGUAUUGUACAAUAAAAAAAUAAAUUUUUGACAGUCGUGAAUCAGAAAUGCAAGAAAUAAUGCCUGGUUUUUACAGCAUGGAAUUAGUUUGAGUUAACUGCACAGCUGUAUCAUUGACUAAUAAUCCAAGCUAGUUUGAAUAGAAAAUGCCCACUUCCUGUUAUGGCUCAGCUGGUGCUAAUAAAUCAGUUUGGAUAAUUUUAAUCCAGUUUUUAAUGGGAAAGAGAUUGCAUCACAGAAAUCCUCCGGUGUGGUAGAACUUGUCCAGAUCAAAAUUGUCAGUUUGAAUACGAUACUUUUAAAGAAGUUAAAUUAUAUAUGGAUGAUGCGGGGAGGAGCUGGGCUUUGAAGUUGCUAUUUUAAGCCAUAUAACUGAGGCAAAAUCUCAUCAUCGAACCACCUUACCAGAAUGAAAAUCUGACCUGUUUGGACAAGCAUAGAAAAAUUCGAAGUAGCUUAAAAUGGAACUGUCAGUAAGACUCUUUAGGUGAUGUAGAAUUGGAUCCCAUUAAAGUAUCAUUUUGUUAUGUCAUUUUCUGUGCAACAGUUUCACUGCUGUGAAUUUUUCAUUUAUCUUCUGUAAAAUUUCACUGCUUAGAUAGGAUAUCAUUCUAUUGUCUGUCUUCCAGAGAUGAUUUGAACUCAUGUUUAUAGCAGUCAUUAUCUUUUGGCAACUUGAUAGUGGAGGAAUAUCAUUUGGAGAAAAUGUUUCCAGAAGGGACAAAAAAAAAGCUAGGUAUGUGCAUUAAAACAUUAUUUUUCAAAUUGAGUCAGCUGUGGUGAAACUCAGUGAGGAUAUUCAUAGAUUUUUGUCUGUUUUACCUGAAAAGGGUCUUUGGUAUGCCAGUGAUGUUAUGACUCAACUCUGCAUGUGCGUGUGUGUAUGUGUUGGCAGGAGGAAGGUGGUGGUGUUAUUCUUCUAGGUCAAUUUCUGGUGUUCUAUUAAUGAAUUGUCUAUUUAACAGUUCAGAAUCUUUUCUGUGAUGAGGGAGCAUAUCCUGUAGGUCCACCGUCUUUCCUUUCUUGUUAUAAGACACAAAAUAUUUUUUAUUCCCAGUUUCAAAGUUUGGAACAAUUCCCAAUUGUCUAAUGUAAUUCCUAAUUCAUCUAAAUAUGUCUUAAGCUAUUACUUUAGUGCUGUAUAUGAAGUUAAGGAAAAUAACUUGUACAUUGCUUCUAUUAAAGAACAUUUAGAGUCGAAAAAGGUGGUACUGGAAAAGCACAGCAGAUCAGACAGCAUCAGAGGAGCAGGAGAGUUUGUUUCGGGCAUAAGACGUUAUUGAUGAAGGGCUCCUGCUCCUCAGAUGUUGCCUGACGUGCUGCGCUUUUCUAGCGCCACCCUUUUCGACUCUGACUCUCUAACAUCUGCAGUCCUCACUUUUUCCUAUUAAAGAACAUUUGUUGAUUUAAAAAAAAAGCUGAAAGUAAUUUCUGCAUGUUUUCUAUAUUUUGUGCUUUCGCAAAUUCAAUUACUGGCAUAAAAUGUACAGUCUGUUAAUUGGCAGAGUCAUAGAGUCACAGAGAUGUACAGCAUGGAAACAGACCCUUCCGUCCAACCCGCCCAUGCCGACCAGAUAUCCCAACCCAAUCUAGUCCCACCUGCCAGCAUCUGGCCUAUAUCCCUCAACCCUUCCUAUUCAUAUACCCAUCCAAAUGCCUUGUAAAGGUUGCAAUUGUACCAGCCUCCACCACUUCCUCUGGCAGCUCAUUCCAUACCCGUACCACCCUCUGUGUGAAAAAGUUGCCCCAUAGGCAUCUUUUAUAUCUUUUCCCCUCUCACCCUAAAGCAGACAGAUUUUUUUUAAAAGGAAAGGGAAUCAAGGGUAGUAGGCAAGUGGAGUUGAGGUUUAUCAGAUCAUCCACAGUCUCUUGAUGAACUAGAUGACACUUCUACUUCUAAUCUUAUGGUCUGAAAUAACUCCACUGAGGUGGCACGGUAGAUUAGUGGUUAGCAUAGUUGUCUCAGUGUCAGGAACCCAGGUCUGAUUCCAGCCUCUGGCAACUGUCUGUGUGGACUUCUUACGUUCUCUCCAUGUCUGCAUGGGUUUCCUCCGAGUGCUCUGAUUUCCUCCCAUAAUCCAGAGAUGCACAAGUUAGGUGGAUUGGCCAUGCUGAGUUGCCCAUAACAUUCAGGCAUUUGGAGGUGAGCUGGAUUAACCAUGGGAAAUGCAGGGUUACAUGGAUAGGGUAGAUGGUGUGUCUGGAUGGGAUGCUUUUCAAAAGGUUGGUGUGGACUCAGGCUAAAUGCUCUGCUUCCACAUUAGGGAUUCUGUGAUUCUGUAAGAGGCUGGUAUCCCAUCACCCUUUAUUUACACAUGGAAAGUACUUGACACUGAUCCAGUUUCCCAAGAGCCAGUUCUGUGAACAGAACGUCCUGACAUUCUUGUUUCUAUCUGCCAAUCAGGACCCCUGAUUUGGGGCUAUUAAUCUGGUCCAGAGUUGAAAAAUGUGGUGCUGGAAA